UCUUUUUUAUGGAGGGCCUAAAAACCUGUACUUUCAACUCCCGUCUCCGUUCUGUCUUCUUCUUCCCCCAAAAUUUCGUUGGUCUGUGCUGCUGACUGAAUAUGAAUUGAGAUGGGCGAGCUUCUCAUUUUUUGCACUUUUACAGGAAAUUGAAGGAAGUUUUAAAAGAAUAUAUGUGUUAAGACUUGGAUAAAAACACAAGAAGGAAGAUGACAAGAAGUUUCCCUUAAGUUGCAGAAGACUUGGCAAUGUAUCUUGUAAAGCAGCAACAUAACGACCAGUUAUCGUCAAAAAUGUCUUGCGUUUCUUCCAGUAUGUCUUCAUCUUCCAAAGUCUGGAAGUAUGAUGUCUUUUUGAGUUUUAGAGGUGAAGAUACGCGUAAAAACUUUGUGAGUCAUCUCUAUAAUGCUCUAGAACAGAGAGGAAUCCAUGCUUUCAAAGACGAUGAGCGUUUGGAAACGGGAAAAUCAAUUUCUGUUGAACUUUUGAAAGCCAUAGAAGAGUCCAGAUUUGCUGUCGUGAUAUUUUCCAAGAGAUAUGCAUCCUCAAAAUGGUGCUUAGAGGAGCUUGCCCACAUCAUAAAGUGCCGAAAUGAAUUGGACCAAAUUGUGCUUCCAAUCUUUUAUGAUGUGAGCCCAUCUGUUGUACGCCAUCAAAAUCCCCCGUUCACUAAAUCAUUUUCCAAGCACGAGGAAACAUACAAAGAUGAUAAGGAGAAGGUUCAAAGAUGGAGGGAUGCAUUUGCAGAGGCUGGAAAAUUAUCAGGUCAUGAUCUAAAAAAUUAUAAGGAUGAGGUUGAGUGCAUCAAUAAGGUAGUUGAUUACAUAUUACCAAAGUCGCUUCAAGUUAUCCCACUGUCUUCCGGAAGCUUAGUGGGUAUGGAACCUCAAAUUGGGAAAAUAAUCUCAUUAUUAGAUACGGAAUCAAAUGAUGUUCGUUCCAUUGGAUUAUGGGGGAUGAGCGGAAUUGGCAAGACAGAAAUUGCAAGUGUUAUAUAUGAGAGAUAUCGUCAUCAAUUUGAAGCUGAUUGUUUUCUUGGCGAUGUUGGAGAAAUGUACCUGAAAAAGGGACUUACAUGGUUACAACAAGCUCUCAUCCAUAAGCUAUUGGGGAAAAAUAUACCUAUAACUAGUGAACGUGAAGGUGCCAUAAUUAUAAAGAAUGGGCUUCGCUGGAAGAAAGUUUUGGUCAUUCUUGAUGAUGUAAGCCAUCUAAGUCAACUAGAGCUUAUAGUUGGAGGGACAGAGUGGUUUGGUAGGGGUAGUAGAAUUUUGAUUACCACGAGGGACAAGCACAUCAUAAUCGCUCAUGUCAAGGAGGAUAAAGUGUAUGAAGUCCAACUGUUAUCUGAGAAUGAUGCACUUGAACUGUUCUAUGUGCAUGCUUUCAAUAGAAAUUCUCCAGAGAGAGAUUUUGAGGAACUUUCAAGGGAAGUGGUGAAGUAUGCUGACGGGCUCCCUUUAGCUCUUAAAGUUUUGGGUCCUUCUUUUUGUGGACGAAACAAAGAGCAAUGGAGAGAUAUAAUUGAUAGACUGAAGAAAAUCCCUAAUGAUGACAUUUUAGGAAAACUUAAGAUUGGUCUUGAUGGAUUGAACAGGGAUGAGAUGAGGAUAUUUCUAGAUAUCGCAAGCUUGUACAAUUAUAAAUCAAUGGAUCAUGUGGCACUAAUACUUAAGAGUUGCGGUAUUCAUCAGUCGAUAGGAAUAAGCCGCCUCAUCGAAAAAUCUCUCUUAUCCUUCAGUAGAUAUGACUACACAUUUAGGAUGCAUAGUUUGAUAAGAAAAAUGGGUGAAAAUAUGUUAAGGGAAGAGUAUGCAAACAGCAGAAUAUGGCUUCAUGAAGAGGUUAAUGACCUUUUUGCUGGAAAGUUGAAAACAAAAAAGGUGGAAAGCCUAUGGAUUCCAAAAGGUUUUGAUUUUGAAGAUGAUCGUGUCAAUCAUAGCAAGGUAUUCAAGAGGAUGAAAAGCUUACAGGUGUUGAUACUUGGUGAAACUGUUUGGUCAGAUUUUCUUUUUCUUGUCAUGGCUGAAACUAUUUGCUCGCGUAGCAUUAUCACUUGUCUUCCUUCUAGCCUUCGGUGGAUUGAAUGGCCAAAUUAUCCUUCAAGAUUAUUGCCGGAGAGGUUUGAACCAUCACACCUCGUUGGCCUUUGUUUAAAGGGAAGUCGGCUUGUCGAACUUUGGCCAAUAUCAAAGAGAUUGAGCAACUUGAAGCAUUUGGAUCUAAGCAAGAGCCUUGGGUUAAGAAAAACACCUAGUUUUGGUGACAUGCCAAACUUGGAGAGACUAAUAUUAGAGGGGUGUAAGAAUUUGGAAGAGGUCCAUUCCUCUCUUGGACAUUGCAGAAUGCUUACUUCUUUGAAUUUGAGGGGUUGUAGCAAACUUAAGAAGCUUCCAAAAUUUGUCUCCAUGGAAUCUCUUGAGACUCUCAACCUCCGUGAAUGCACAAGUUUAAGAAAAUUUCCAAAAAUCUGUGGAAAUAUGCAGCGCUUAUCAGAACUCUAUGUGGAAUCCCCCUGGAUAAGAAGCUUACCCCUCAUGUCUCUUAGCGGCCUGAGCAAGUUACAUUUGUACUAUUGUGAAGAUCUUGAAAGUAUUCCAGACACUAUUAUUCAAAAUCUUAGAUAUCUGGACAUUUUGGGUUGCAAUAAACUUGCAACGCUGCCAAACAGCCUCUCUGAAUCAGAGCAAUUGGAGCAACUUAGUAUACACCGCUGUUCUAGAUUGGUAGAGCUCCCCAUAUCUCUUAGAGUUCAAAGAAAGCUUGUCCGGUUAGCCUUAGACAGAUGUGAGAACUUAAAGAAGCUCCCGAAAUCCAUUCAGAUGGAAUCCCUUGGUUAUCUCGGUAUAUAUAAUUGUCCAAGAUUAGAUACAUUUCCAGAAAUCAAUGGAGAUAUGCGUUGCUUGAAACAUUUGACUGUGAAUUCUACAGAGAUAAGAGAACUACCUUCAUCCAUUGGGAAUCUGAGCGGCCUCAAUACUCUCAAUCUGGAAGGUUGUGAAGAUCUUGCAAGUCUACCAAACAGCCUCUGUAAUUUGACGAAUCUUCAAAGUCUUAUUCUCUACGGCUGCAAAAAGCUAGAGAAUCUUCCGGAAAACAUUGGUGAUCUGCAACAGUUAAGGUUACUUGAUGCAAGAGGAACUGCAAUCUCCCAACCACCUCCCUCCAUCAUCAAGCUUGGCAAACUGUGGAGUUUUAGAUUCUCACAUGUUGUACAACUUCAACAUUCAUCAAGUUUUGUUUUGCAUCAACUUUCAGCUUUAUCCUCCUUGACACAUCUUUAUCUUAAUAAUCUCAAUAUGUUGGAUGGACUUCCUGAGGAUCUUGGAUCUUUGCACUUUCUGGAAUAUUUGAAUGUAAGUGGAAGCAAUAUUUCUUGUUUACCUAACAGCAUCAACGAACUCUUAUGCCUUGAGUGUCUGAACGUACAAUUCUGUAAGGGUCUUACUGAACUGCCAGGAGAGCUACCCCCGAAUUUACGGGUGCUAUGUGCAGACUAUCAUUUAGCCUUGAAGAGCAUCAGAGAUCUGGUAUUCAAGUGUGUUAACUUGGAAGAGAUCUCAAUAUCAUGGUGUGGUCAUGAAAUAACCGAAUGCAGAACUGUCACAAGUAACCAAGUUAAUGUGUUCAAGUUCCUACAUCAUUUUCUUAGGAGAUCUAUCCAGAAUGACUUCUUCCGCCAAAGGUGGAUAAGAUUUAGCAUUUCAUUUCCCCAAGGCAAAAUUCCCGAGUUUUUCACUUAUCAGUUUAUAAAUCAAAACAGAAUCUCAGUUAAUCUGAACCCAUCUUGGUAUACUGAUAAAUUCAUGGGUUUUUCGGUAUGCUACCAAGUUCAUGGAGGGGAAAAAGAUUCAAAAGUUACUCCUACAUUGGUCUGCAGAUUAUCUGGCCUAGAAACAUUACUUGGCUCGGAAGAUCCCCUUUGCUUAUAUGAGUCGCCAAAUGAUAAUCCUGCUCCCGGCAUGCUUUUUAUCUACAUACCAUUUCAAAUAUUUCGGGACCAUUUUAAGCCUUUAGGCACCAAAGCGAAGAACCCAAAUGAUUAUUGCCUAUUUGAGGUUUCUGUAAUGUCAGGGAAAGAAGGAUGCUGGGGAAUUCGCUUGGAGUAUGAGAAUAAAGUUAGGAGAUGGAGAAGGAAGCAACGUGUGACACAAAGUCCCAAACUCCAUCCAGUUCCGCAAAAAGAUAAUGCAGUGACAACUGAAAUUGGUUGUUCAAUGGCAUUUAAACAACAAGAGCACUCAUCAUGCACUUCUAGUUCGCAGGCGUUUGUUGAAAAUAACAUCGCAACAGAGAGGGGACUACAUUUGUACUAUGAGAAUAAAGAUCUGGAGGUGGAUCAAGCAGCAACGGUAGUACAAAAGGAACAUGAAUCUCAGAAUGUUGAGCUGAUUGGAGUGUGUGAUAAGCCAUUAAGGAAGAUGGACGACGCUCCGAGAAAGAGAAAGAAAAAGAGAAAGAUGGCAGGAGAAAAUGAGAACCAACGAGCUUGCAUGACUUUGAUUGGAUCAUGAGAAACCUCUUACUUUGAUAGCAUAAAUCAAGGAAGCAUCUAUCCAAUCAGAUUUUCAGAACAAAGAAGAUGUAAUGGAACAAUUUCUCAACAUCAAAGCUAAGCGUUAAGAGCUUUGCAAGAGUCAUACAGAGAUUGGACAAACUAAGAAGAACCUUUUUGUGUCUAAGGGAACAGAGAAAAAAGAGUUUUUCACUUAGUCAAGUGGAAAUCUCUUAUAGUUGGCAGAGCUCAUGGUGGACUAGGCAUCGGGAAUUUGAAGGACCAUAGCAAGGCUCUCAAGAUGAAAUGACUAUGGAGGUAUUCUCAAGAACCCCAAACCUUAUGGGGUAAUGUGAUCAAAGCCAAAUAUGGUGAGGAAGACAAGUGGAUAACAAAGGAAGUAAAUACAACAUAUGGAGUUAGCUUAUGGAGAUCCAUCAGGUCGUUCUGGCCUAUUCUAAAGAACAACUCAUCCAUCAAAGUGCAAGAUGGCAAUAAAAACUCCUUCUGGAAAGAUAACUGAUUGGGAGAUGGAUGCUUAAAGGACCUCUACCUUGAUAUGUAUGUUCUGGCACAACACCAACACAACACAGUAGCUGAAAUGUGGUCCCCCCAAGGAUGGACACUUGUUUUUAGAAGAAGUUUGAAUGAUUGUGAGGUGGCCAGAAUGACUGACUUCAUCAAACAUCUGGAAAUAUUCAUAGGUUUACAGAGUGGGGUGGACACAAUAAGGUGGCAGGGACAUAACAGUGGCAUCUAUAAGGUGAAUGCAGCAUACAAGAUCCUGAAUCAAGCUAACCAGCAGAUUAACAACUGGCCUUGGAAGCAUAUAUGGAAAAUCAAGAUUCCCUAUAAGUUAGCAUGUUUUUCUUGGUUACUAAUAAAUGAUGAUGUUCUGACACAAGACAAUCGUAUAAAGAGAUGGAUUUAAUUGUGCUCAAGAUGUCACUUAUGUGGAGAAGCUGUUGAGACAGUUAGCCAUCUAUUUUUACAUUGCAAGAUAACUGACUAGUUAUGGAAGAUCUUUAUUAAUUAGCUUGGACAAUGCCUAGUAAGAUUACUGAAGUUCUUUUCAGUUGGGAUGAAAUUGGAACUGGAGCAAGAGACAGAGAUAGAUGGUGAACUAUUCCAGCAUGUAUUUGGUGAACAAUCUGGAAAGAAAGGAAUUCCAGAUGUUUUGAGGAUAGAAGAAACUUUGUGCAUAAGAUCAAGCUUAAUUGUGUUUUGCUUUUUUGUUUUUGGUGUAAACAAAUCUACGCAGAAGAUACUGUUUCAAUCCUAGAUGUCCUAGAAUCUUGUUAGGCGUGAGGACCAAGUUUUUUUCUUUUGGCUACUCACUUGUAAAUAUGGUUUCAGUACAACCUAUGUACUUAUUUUAUUAUAAUAUACAAUAUGUUACCAUCUCAAAAAAAAAAAGAUUAAAUUCUUUCAA